UUAAUGUAAUUAUUCACUUUGCAGAUCAAAUAAAAUGAGUGACGACGCAAGUGAUAACCGACAAAAUAACGGUUCAACUUCAUCAUCUACACCACCUCUACAACAAGAUAGUAAUGGCAACAUAUUGGAGAAAAUGCAACAACAUGUUCGGACAAACAAAGUCGACGUAGCUAUGUGGGCUACGCGCAUGCUGACUGUUCUCUUCACAAUAAGCUACAUUGUACCAAUAAUAAGUAAUCAGCAGAGUUCAUUCAAUAAAGUAUUGCUAUCAAAUGCAGCAACGUCAGCAUUACGCCUACAUCAGCGUUUACCCUCGUUCACAUUUUCGAGGGAGUUUUUGGCACGCCUUUUUAUUGAAGAUUCUUGCCACUACCUUAUGUUUUCGCUUAUAUUCUUUAACGUACAACCUACACUUCUAAUUCUCAUUCCAAUUGUUCUGUUCGCUGUACUGCAUGCGUCUAGUUAUUCAUUGAAAUUACUGGAUAUUAUUGGACAAAACUCAUGGUGGGGGGCAAGAUUCUUGAUUUCGCUGGUUGAGUUCCAGGCUAGCAAUAUACUGAAAGCAGCGUCAUUCGCGGAGAUUUUCAUAAUGCCUCUGGCUGUAGUAUUCACUUUCAGAGGAAAAGCAGGACUUAUGACUCCGAUCGUUUACUAUCAUUUCUUGGUUAUGCGUUAUAGCUCCAGGCGUAAUCCAUACACCCGAAACGCUUUUGCGGAGCUGCGUAUAAAAGCCGAGGCUUUGGCGGCAUCAUCACCUGCUGUUGUUGGUAAGAUCAUACACAGUGGCAUUGCUUUCGUUAACCGCUUAGCGCCGCAACAACAACCGGAACAGCCAACAGCAGCACAAUAAACCCUCUACUGUUGUUUUUUGUUUCCAAUUCUAUAGUUUUCCACGUAAAUAUAUCAAAUGCACUUUGUAACAAUUUUUUAAUAGAUUAGAAUCAGAUACCUACUCAUCAAAACAUAAAAAGGACGUAAAAUUGUUAUAGCACCUUAAGAUGUAAAAGCGCGUGAACUUCAUGACAACAUGAUUGCCUUUUGAGGGUUGUAUGAAAACAUAAUAACAUAAAAGUAGAUUUAUAAAGAAGACGGUUUGUUGAAAAUUGGAAUGCAAUUGAGUGUGAAAUGUUCUUUUAAA